AUGAUCACUACAGCUCGUCCAACGCCUUGCUACACACAAUCCUUGUGCCUCAUAGUCCAGUUUCUGUACCGUACCGUGGAAUUACGAGACCCGAAGUCGGAUGUGACAAUCACAUCGAUUUCUUCUCCGUUGUUGAAUGAACUGAAAAUGUUUGUCAAUAACGCUCGAAAGUCCCCGAUCCAUCAUACUGUUUUCGACGCGCUCCUCACGCAAUGUCCGCCUUUCACUACACACGCAGCCAAAGUGAUUUCCCAUGCUCUGGAGGAGUUUUUAAUCAAAUGUGCCACCGAUCAGAAGCCGAACAAAGCUGAGCAGUUUACUUGCAUGCAGUGUCUCAGUCUGUUUACUCAUGUGUUCAAGUGGCUUACUACUGAACGUGAUCCGGAGAUGAUGCGGUCGUUGCGCCAAUUACCAGAACGAGUGCUCACUCGAUUAUGGGCCGCAUUGGAACCAUUUAUCUCCGCGGGCACUGCUGAAUCAGUGAACGGUUCAUUUUGGUUCAGUUCUGUUUCCUUCUCCACCACACUGUUCACGCUACUCCAGUGGGCCGUAACUGCAGCUGAACGAGUUGGACGACCCCAAACGGUUGUUCCGGAAACGCUGAAUGGUUUGCGUCAACUUCCGUCCUCCUUGAAACCAGUAAGACGAGCGGCCAGACGUUUUGUCACGUUUAUCGAAUCCUUCAAACAGAAAUCCGGCGGCCCAUUUAUGGAUACCAUUUCUCGAGAGGAAAAGAAGCGUAUGAAAAAUGAACGGAAAAAAGCUCGUCAAGCCAAGAGACGGGAAAAAGCUUUGCGUGACCAACUACGUCGUCAGACGAUAUUAGCGGAAAAUUCGAGCUCCGCGAAAACUGCAAACCACAUAGCUCCAAAGACCAACACAAUGCCGAGUGCUUUAAAAUUGGCCAAAAAGGUUCUGACUGUAGAUUCUGUGUCACUCAAAACCAAUCCGAAACCAAAGCAAAUCAGCUCUGCGCAAAAAAUUGGACGGAAAAAACAAUAUCCGGUGAUGAAAGACGAAAAGACGAAACGAGCUAAACUUAACUAG